AUGAGCUGGUUUGGCCGCUCGGCGUCCACGGCAGCGGCAGCCCCCGCAUCAAAGGCCCUGCCACCAGUCAAGGUGCCACAGGGCAAGCCGGUGCUGCUGAUCGGCUUCAACGAGGCUUCACGCACUUGGGAGGUCAACCCAGAUGCGGUGAAGCUGCUGGAGCGCGUUCCAGGGCCGCUGUGCACGGUGGCGGUGUGCGGCCGCGCCCGGCAGGGCAAGAGCUUUCUGCUCAACACUAUGCUGGGGCGGCUGACUGGCCAGGAGCUGCCAAAGGGCUUCGAGGUGUCGCCCACUCAGCACUCAUGCACGCGCGGCUUGUGGAUGUGGAGCGUCCCAAUACCCAGUACAGACGCCAACGGGCGGCCGUGCAACGUGCUGCUGGUGGACUGUGAGGGCGUUGACGCGGUGGACCAGGGCCAGAAGCACAGCGCGCAGGUCUUCAGCCUGGCGGUGCUGCUGUCCAGCGUGUUCGUGUACAACCAGCUCGGGGCCAUCGACGCGGUCGCGCUGGAGCGCCUGGCCAUGGUCUGCGAGCUUGCAAAGCGCAUCAAGGAGCGCAGCGCAACAUCGGGGCGCGGCGGCGGGCAGGCAGACUUCCACCCGGCAUUUGUGUGGCUGCUGCGCGACUUUCAGCUGCAGCUGGCGGGGGCUGGUGGCAGCAGGGGCGGCAAGGGGGGCAUCAGUGCGGGGCAGUACCUGGAAGAGGUUCUGGCGGACGUGAGGGGCGGCGGCGGCGCUGACGAGGACAACCGCAACCAGAUGCGGGCCACCAUCAGGGCGGUGUUCCCGGACCGCGACGCCCACACCCUGCUGCGGCCUAUGCUGCUAGAGGAGGACCUCAACCGGCUUGACAAGAUAACAUUCUCACAGCUCAGGCCAGAGUUUCAAAAGGGUGUGGGUGACCUGAUGGUGCUGCUGCACUCUAAGGAGCAGCCCCUGCAGUUUGCGGGCACCAUGGUGUCGGGCCGCGUCUACGCACAGCUGGCGGGAGCCUACGUCACGGCGCUCAACGAGGGCGCGGUGCCACAGCUCGUCACGGCCUGGCAGGGCGUGGCGCGCGCUGAGACCCAGAGGGCCUAUGACGCCGCCCUGGCCUCCUUCGCGGGGGGCUUCAGGGAGGAGGGCGUCGCUGACGAGGCGGAGCUGCUGGACAGCUACCAGGCUGCGCUGUCUGGUGCUGUCAAGCUCUUCAAGGAGUCGGCCCUGGGGGACCCCCAGCUGGUGGGGGAGCACGAGGAGCGGCUGAGGAAGGUGGCUGAUGGGCGCUUCUCCGCGGCGCGCACCAAGCUGCGCGCGGCCAGCGAGGCGGCGGCGGAGGCGUUGCUGAGUGCUGAGCGCGCCAAGCUGCGGUCCAUGAUGGAGGGCGCGGGGGCCAGCCUGGACGCGAUAGAGGCGGAGCUGCAGAGGUUCCUGGCGGAGUAUGACAGGGCGGUGCAGGGCCCCUGGAAGUACCGGCGCGCCAGUGAGUUCCUGGUCAACACCGCCAUAGGGGGCAUCAAGGGCGUGGUGGGGCGCAUCAUCGGCGAGAGGGACGGCGCGCUGAGGAAGGUCGCGGAGGGGGAGGCGCACAUCGCACAGCUGCGCGUCGAGGCUGGGCGUGCUGCCGAGGCGGAGGGCCGUGCCUCAGGCCUGGCCAGGGACCUGGCGGCGGCACGGGAGCAGCUGGCACGCGCGGAGGGGCAGGUCGCCUCGAAGGGUGGCGCGCUGGGGGAGGCACAGGCAGAGGUGGCGCGGCUGUCGGCGCAGGUAUCCCAGCUCGAGGAGGCGGGGCGCAGGCUGCAGGCUGACCUGGCGGCGGCGCGCAACGAGGGCUCGCGCGCGGCGGCGGCGCUGGGGGCAGCGCAGCGUGCAGGAGCGGAGGCCGCGGCGCUGCGGGAGCAGCUGGCGGCGGCGCAGGCUGUGGGCGACAAGGCCAAGCUCGAGGCCGUAGCAGCCGAGGGGCGCGCGGCCUCCCUGGAGGCACGGCUUUCAGCUGCGGAGGCGGCGGGCCGCGACGCGGGGGCGCUGAGGGCGCAGCUGGCCGAGGUCGAGGCGGCGGCUGUGGGGGCGCGCGACGCCGCUGCCCGUGCGGAGCGUGCGCUGGACGAGGAGCGUGCUGUGGCCAGCAGCAAGCUCAAGGAGGUGACUGACCUGACAGCUCAGCUGCUGCGGGAGCGCGAAGCCCACACCGCAACGCGCGAGGCCCUCGCAGCCGCCCAGCAGCAGCAGCAGUUUGCAUCGACCCCAGCCGGCGCGCGGCCCUCCUCCCCGUUCAGCGAGUCCCCCGGGCCGUCCCCGGCGGUCGUGGCGGGUGACGUGGCGCGGGCGCGUGCGGCCCUGCCGGCUGACGUGUCCAGCCUCACCCUGGCGGAGCUCAAGGGCUGGGUGACAGAGCACAUGCUGGAGGACGAGGAGUUCAUGGGCCUCGCGGCGAAGUCAAAGACCCGCAAGGCAGACUGGGUGGCGUACGUCAAGAGGCGCGCAGGGCUGCCGGCUUGA